AUGGCGACUAUACGUAUAUACGCCAUCAUCGCCUACCUGUUCCUUCAGCUGAUUGCUGUUGUUGUUCACGGUAGUACCAUUGAUCAUGAUAGUCUAGUGGCAACCAAACAACGACAACAACAACAACAACAACGUGGGAUUCGAGGAUCAAACGAGAAUUAUUAUCCUCGUGAUCUCAUUCAGAGUUUUUCCAGCAAUUUCCCUUCCAUCACUCGAGACCUGCAUCCACAGGAAUUGAAAUUGAAAGCACACAGCUCGGUUCAUUUGGGCGACAGGCAAUCAGAAAUCUUUUCUUCUUUGGAAUCCGUCUUGACGCCAUACUUUCAAGAGAUUCUCGGCGAUACUCUCGUAGCAUACGACCUAAAAGUCAAAUACAGUGAAGGAGAAAAUGUCGAUCUACCCGAUAUCAUUGUUACGAAUAUGCUAGUGUCUUGUAUCCUUACCGUCCGAACCAACUCGGUCGAAGAGCUCAAGCUCCAUACCCACGCCCACGCCAAUUCGUGGUUCUUUGAUUUCUUCGAUGGAUUGAAUGUCUAUAAAUUCCUUGGUCAGCUUCGUGACAACGAUAUUGAAGUCGGUGAACUAGUCUUUCAGGAUGAAGAGUUUCGAUCGCCCUUGUUGGGUGGUGGUGUCUUGGGUGGUGAUCUUGACGUUGGUUCCAUUUCACUGGGACCAGAUGGUUCUCCUCAAUCCGGUGGCCAAGCCGGAGCGAUUGCAGGUGCCUUUGUGGGUGUCAUGGUAGUUGCGGGUGUACUUGCCUACCGAUACAAGGAGAAGAUCCCAUGGGACAAGAUUCAUGAGAAAUCGUUGGGUGGUUCUUCCAUUACUGGUUCGUUGGCAUCUAGCAGUGCAGGAUCCAGUAGUAAGCGAACCGCCAUGACUCGAUUGAGUAAUGGAAUCGAAAGAGGAGUCGAAGCUGGCAAGCGGCUCUCUGAAACCGUCAAGUCCAAGGUGGGCCCCAAGUUGGAGGUUGUCAAAUCGAAAGUGGGUCCCAGGCUGGAUGCUGUCAAGUCCACAGUGGGCCCCAAGCUGGAUGCCGCCAAGUCCAAUUUGGCUCCAAAGUUGGAUGCUGCCAAAUCCAAAUUUGGUUUCCUCCAAGAACGAGUCUCCAUGUACAAGAACAAUGGACCCAAUUCCACUGCCAUGAAGAUGAUGCCACAAGAAGUCCCCGAUUCCCCCGAGUCGGCGGCGCGCAAGAACCGGACAUCUCUAUUGGAUUCCAAUCCCUACAAUCCCUUCCAAGAUCAUCAUCGCAAACCAGCCGCCGCUGCCGCACCUUCCGAAGGCACGUAUAGCGUCGGUGGCGACUUUGGUGUGGGCGACGAAUACGAAGCCUCCAUCCUCCAACGCAGUCCUACCAUAUCGUCCUAUUCGGGAUAUGGAGGACGCGAAAUUGUCUUUGGGAAUGAUGCUAGGGAUGACGAAUUCAGCAUGCCCGAUGAUUACAAUACGGUCGUGGCUGAUGAUUACAGCGUCCAUUGUCAUUCAAUAUUGGGAUUGAUGGAUCAACCAUCUGUGGACGAAGCUACUAUAUUGAGUCGCAAACCCAGCAAUGAUUCCGAAGACGAAGGUGGUGACGAUGAAGAUGAUGAAGAUGAAGAAGACUACAACGACGACGAUGACGACGACGAUGACGACGAACAAGGCACACAGCAACAACAACAACAACAACAACAAGAAGCCUCCGUAACAGCUUCGGUACCUCAAUCACCCUACUUUACUGACAUGGACGAAUGGUCCAUGGAUGGAUACAGUUUGGCCUCUCGACCAGCAGCUCGCAAUGGUCGUGGUGCUGGUGCUGCUGGUAGAUCCAAUUUGAACAUGCCCCAUUUGCGCUAG